ACGACACAAAGAUCCUUGCAGUCUUGCAGCCGCCCGGCCCAAGGUUGAUCCCCCAUCAAUUGGGAUGCAGCGAUGCAUCUUAGUGUCCAUGGCUGACAUGCGUGUUGUAAAUCUGCAAUUACAGCCACAGCUGAGGAGGAUGGGGCCCCGGCAUCGUUUCCUAUUUUCCUCCGUGUCGGCUCUUAUUAUGCGCAGGUGCGGACCUCUCAUACUCAAUAUUAUAGUCCCCCAUUUGUUCCUCUCGGAAUUUUGAGGUGCUAUUGGAAAAUACCAGGCACCGCUAAUAAUCAACCAGCGGAAGCCAUCCUCGACGGUGGCCUACCACCAUCGGCCAUGAUGGCGAACUGGCAAGAUCACCAGCAGCAGCAGCAGCAACAGCCAACCCCGCCUCUACAAUGCCCUCCAGUCGAGCCGGCAUACUACGAAGAGCAUACCGCUGCCGGACACUAUGACACGGGUCCCGAGGUUGCGUACUCGACGGGCAACCACCUGUAUCCGGUGCCGCCGAGUGCAGGGUCCUCGGCGCCCAUGUUGCAAGACGAACACCAGAUCACAAAUUCUCUGGGAGCCUUCACCCCACCUCCUCCCAAACACUCGCCGGUCACGCCGACGACGCCGACGCCUCUCGCCAGCGGUGUGGGUGCUUCUGGUGCCGUUAGCGACAACGCACCGCGGCAGCGCCUGCUGUUGGUCGGAGUCGCCAUCCUGGUUGCGCUAGUAGCCGCAGCGGUCGGCGGCGUCGUCGGUUGGAAGGUGACCGAGUCCACAAAGAGCCCUAGCACCUGCGCCCCCGCGAGCGGUGCUGGCAAUGGAGGAGACGGAAGAGAAGCCGACCCGAAACGUCCGCCGCCGCCGCUCUGCCCGACAACCGGGAUGACGGCGAACGGCUCGUCCAAGUACAUUCGGGGCAACUCGGCCAUCGCCGUCGCGGGUUGUCGGUCCGGCGACGACUUCUUCGUCAAGCUGGCCUACCAGGCGCCCGACGACAGCAUCAUGGUGAGCGAGCUUGCCGCCCCAUACGGCUCCUGGGACGCGCCACGACCCAUCGUCCGCGCGUCCGCGGAGAAGAUGAUGGCCGGGGGACCGCUGACCGCAACCGUGAUCUACGUGGAAGAUCAACCAUAUUAUAUGCCCCAAUACCAGUUCUACUACCUAUCAGACACUGGCAAGGUCCUGGGUGUCAACUUCCGCAACCACUACCCGGGCGGUCUCACAGACAGUGUAAACACACAACCCUUUAUGGCGUCCACCAGGAGCUCCAUGUCGGCGCUCUGGCCCUAUGUGCACUUCAAGGCCCCCGACGGCAAGUUCUACGAGGUCGGCUGGUCCAACAUGGCGCGCCCCUUCCCCAACAUCACGGCCACCGACGUCGCCGAGGACUCGCCCCUGCUGGCCCUGCCGCUGAAGGUCGACCAGGGCGCGUCGCCGCUCCGGGACCCCUCCGUCAGGCUCUUCUACAGGGGGGCGCAGGACGGGAGGCUGAAUGUGCACGCGCGCGGGGGGGACAACGGGGUGUUGAGAGAGCAGUCAGGUCCGUUGGGCGUCGAGAUACCACAGGGGUCGCCUUUGGCAGGGUUCGCGACGGCGCGGCAGGGAGGCGGCGUGGCGCUCGACACGGUCGUACUCUUCCAGGAUGCCGGAGGCCGCAUCCUCUUCGUGUCCCAGACCGCCGCCGUCGGUGGUGGUGGCGGCGGCGGCAGCAGCAAUAACAACAACAAAUGGUCCGACCCCAAGUCCGACCCCGUCUUUUCCGGCGCCGACGUCCCGACGCGCAUUGCCUGCCUGACACAGGGCACGGGGGUCAACGACGGAGGUUCCCAAAGGGCAAUGAAGCUGUCGGCGCGCGAAGACAUGAACAUGUGCUUCUUCCAGGCUGAUGGCGGCAAGCUCAGAUAUGUCCUGUAUCAGGGUGGGCAGUGGAGGAACCUUGGAUACAUACCGAUGCCAUGACGGGUGGGACCUCCUUCUCUCUAUCUCCAUCUCGCUAUUUGCUUCGCUUUCGCUUCCAUAAUGACAGCACGCUUUCUCCGGCCCCUGCCCCCCCUCACUUCAUUAUUCCAUACCACUACAACCGUCAAAUACCCCCUUUGUAUGCUAAUAUUCAGGAUAUAUAAUUAGCACUACAUUUUCCAAUUCUCAAAGACACAUGGAUCAUCAGGUGCCUGCUGGAACCGCCCGCAGCCUAUUCUCAUGCCGACCCUGUACGGCACCGGGCGGACCGUGGCUUCGGUGUCGGAGCGUUCGCUCGCGUCACGCAGGUCUAGCAGAUCCCACGUUUCUGAUACGUGACAGAUUGUCAGGGAGGUGCAUGUGAUUGAAAGAUACGCAACGCCCUUGGCAGGGGUGGUGCAGUCGCUAAUUAAUCAAUAUGGCCUGCGGAACUGGAAGUCGUAGUGGGCGUCUAUACGGGCCCGAUCCCCCACCCUCUCGGCCACCAGCUUAUCCCGCGCCUCGCGACCCUCCGGCCCCGUCACACGCAGCUCCCCGACUGCCCGAGCUGCCUUGACGAGGUGCGACGUGUGG